AUGCCAAGCGAAGAGUACUGGAUUCGCUCCGCUCACAUGAAUCACCAGAGUGAUGUUUUGUCGAGCGUAGGUGGGAAUGGCGUUUCCCACAGUCGAAGACGGCAACCUUUUGACGAGAUUUCUGUCAACCUCACGAAGGAUGAGCUGCUGCUUGGUGGCCGCGGUGGAGUCGGUAUGAAUACCAAUUGUGCAAGCAGUGAUCUUCUAAAGGCCCAAAGAUAUGAUCCUUUGUGGCAGCCGACGCGAUUAACGUCGCCGUACUGUGUCUUGAGUGCGAACGGAGUCCAGGAUGACUUCUAUACAUCUUGUCUAUCGUGGGGUAGGGAGAAUGUUGCUCUGGCUCUUUGUGAUGAGGUGUUACUCUUUCAGCCAUCGCGUCCUCUUGAGCUCCCAGCUGUUAUGAAUCUCCAGGAGCGCAGUCGUGGAUCCGUUUCAAAGGUGACUUCUGUUGGAAUCAGUCAGUUUUCCGAUUGUUCUUGUUUUCUUGGUGAGCUAGACGGCUCUGUCAGCUUGUGCGAGUCUCGCGGGGACGGUUUGUUGACGCCUGUAAGCUCGUUUGCAAUGCCACCUCCCCCCCUUGAGAACACACCGCUUUCUGGUGCUGCUGCAAUGGCCGUCACAUCGAGUGUGCAGUGUCUUGCAACGGCCAAUGCUCAUCCGUGGAUGGUGGCGGCCGGCACAGCGGCACAAGGCCUUUUCAUUCUCGAUAGUCGCUCCGUGAAACCGGUUGCUCACAUGGGUGGGUGUGAUCUGUUGCUUCCGUCAGCUGGCAAAGGGGUGGGGGCGCAGCUGUCCCCAGGUGACGCCGUUUCUCUCCUUUCCUCAGCGAAUAGUAUCUGCGGCGUUUCAUGGAAUGCGUCAGGCUCGCUGGUAGCGACGGGCGAAAGCGGUGGUGUUGUAAACAUAUGGUCGCUCUCCCACACACGUGCCCCGGUGCAUCGAAUGAAGCUUCCCGGUGUGCACACCACCAUAAAGGCUGUUGCGUUUCACCCCACGAACCCCUACGAGCUCGUGGUAGGUGGUGGAACCAACGAUGGUAUGCUGCGUGUGUAUGAUGUGUCCUCUGCCGCUUCACAUCUCGCGUGGGGGGUAUCGACGGGGUGCCAAGUGACGCAGGCGUUGUACUCUCCAGAUGGUGCAUUUAUUGUUUCAGCACAGGGCGCUCACACGGGUGAUAGCAUUCGUGCACGCUCCCCUUCGAUACGCUUACGAAGGUCCAUCGGAAGAGGCGGUGAAACGCAUGAGCGGGCGGCUGACCAAGUGGAGCAGCUGACAGAGAUGUUUGAGCGAGGCAUGUCCCGAAAUGAUCACACGCUGCACGACGCGGGGGAGCGGUCCUCCGCCUUCAGCGAGGUGGCCAGCAGUGAAGGAAACGACGUGCCCUCCAUCAGCGAGGCGCUACCGUUCUCGCUGGUCAUGUGGCGAAAAGGGACCCAGCGGCGUGGCUCCACGCCGGUAGUUUUCGCCAACACCGAUGCCUCCGCAACGCGCCAAGGGCGGUACUACUCACCGGAGUCGCGGCACACACCGCUGCCUCUUGUCUCCAUGUACGUCAUGGCGGGUCACCGCUCGCGGCCGCUGCAUAUGACGGCGCCAUUCUUACAGGCGUCGAAUCCAGGCUGUGUUGCGUCCGUUGCCGGUGGUGCUGAUAGCACGAUUCGGUUUUGGAGGUGUUUCUGUUCGAAGAGUGAGGCGGUCAACUGGGAGCAACGCGCACGCGCCUCACUGCGAGCCGCCAUAACGGACGAUGAUGUGGAGGGUGUGAUGGCGCUACCCCUGAGAUGA